AUGGCUGCACUAGAGGUGAAAGAGACCGAGCUGGUCCAAUCUGAGCAGCUGUUGGAGCUGGAGCAGGGAGAGUGGGAGGGGCGGGUGCGGCGCGAGUGCUUCACGCCGGAGCUCACUGCGCAGUUUGCUGCCGAUCCAUGGGGCCUGGGCUGGAACUUUGCCCCGCCAGGCGGCGAGAGCCAGCGACAGGUGGAGGAGCGCAUGCUGGCCUACCUGCGGGAGGAGGUGCUGCCACGGCUGUCGCCCGAUGCACCCGCCAUUGUGGUGUCGCAUGGCAUGGCCCAGAAGUGCCUGCUGAGGGGCUUGCUCAACUCGCUGCCAACCAUGUCCCGCAACAUAGCGAUGGGCAACACCUCAGUCACCGAGGUGGGCUUCCUGCCAAGCGCAGACGGCGGCGUCAGCGAUGGCACCUGGCACAUCCUGCGC